UAAGCACACAGCAUAUCCGUGCAUAUGGCCCCAACUACACGUGGUAAUCUUUUUAAGUCAUGGAAGGAAGGAUUUUUCUUAUUUUUAUAAGAUAAAAGUGCCUGAAGUCUACGCCCCGGAUGACAUAGUGACGCCCUGCACACUGAGACUCAGCCUCACGGUCUAGAUGUAUCACUCUACUUUACUCUUCUGAGACGGCUAUACACAGAUGUCCAAAGUGUUUCUUCAUUAGGACAGUUUGAUGGGUAAAGGCAAGGUGGAGGAUGGUUCGUAAAGUUUACUGCGCUUCGACAUGAACACAUAUUGUUCGAUUUGAAUCCAAAAGAUGCUGAAUUUACGCACAGGUAUGAAGAUGAAAAAGCAUGGUCUGGAGAAGCUUGCUGUACUUAUGACAGGUGUUUUAUGCCUGGUCAUAAUCAUGAACAAUAAUGAAUUUGAAGAUGUGGAAGAUGUGACAUCACCCAGCAAAGAUACAUAUGAAAUUCCCUACAAACAUAUUAAUUUGCCCAAAUCUGCAACUCUCCAGCCUUCAUUCCCAAGUUGUGAGCAAGAUGUGAAUGCUGCUAAUGUUACUGGAUUUUCUAAACUGCCACAUCAUGUCCAAGACUUUUUGCUUUACCGCCACUGUAGGGAGUUUCCCAUGCUUCAGGAAGUCCCUACUAAGUGUGGAGGCCCCAAGAACUCUGCAGAUGUCUUUCUUCUACUGGUCAUCAAGAGCUCUCCAGAGAAUUAUGAUCGACGACAGGUUCUGCGGAAAACUUGGGCUAAAGAACAACAGCACAAAGGUUUAUGGAUGCGUCGAAUCUUCAUUAUUGGAACAUCUGGAACUGGCUUUGAUAAACAAAGGUUGAAUAAGUUAGUGAAGCUUGAGAACGACGAAAACCAAGAUAUUUUACAGUGGGAUUUCAAUGAUACAUUCUUUAACCUCACACUGAAGCAGAUCCUGUUCUUACAGUGGAUGGACAGAUGGUGCCCACAGGCCAGAUUUCUUUUAAAUGGUGAUGAUGACAUUUUUGCUAACACUUUUAACAUGGUGGAGUAUCUUCAAGGUCAAGAGGGCAAUGAUGGAAGCAAACAUCUGUUUACAGGGCACCUCAUCCAGAACGUUGGACCUAUAAGACACCCUGCAAGUAAAUACUAUAUCCCAGUUCAGGUACAGGAGUCUGAAAGAUACCCUCCAUACUGUGGUGGAGGUGGCUUUCUUCUGUCAGGCUUCACAGCCAGGACUAUCUACAAUAUGUCUCAUUCGAUUACUAUUCUGCCCAUUGAUGAUGUUUAUAUGGGAAUGUGUUUGGAAAAGGCUGGCCUUCAUCCUGAGUCCCACUUUGGUGUAAGGACUGCUGGUCUAUAUAUUCCCUCUCAGAAUGUUGACACAUUUCAUCCUUGUUAUUACAGAGAAAUUAUUUUAGUUCAUAGAUUUCUGCCACACCAGAUUUUUGUGAUGUGGAAUGAAAUACUAGAUCCAAAUUUAAAAUGCGGAGCAGAUUUCUCUCUUUAGUUCAGUCCAUACACCAAAAAAUACAUUUGCUUAUCAAGCACAAUUUUCUUUCCUGUGUUGAUGUAUUUCUUAUUGAAACUAUUUUUUUUUUUAAAUAGACAACAGCCUUUAGUUUACAUCACAGCCAUGACCAAUGAUUUCCUACUUGCUAUUGCUAGUCAGAAGUAGGUGGUAUUAUUGGAAGGGAAAUUCUCAUUCUAGAGAGCGUUUAAUUAAACAAAACUAAAACGUUUUUUAUUCUUAAAUGCUGAAAAUGCUUAUUGCCUUUUGAAAAUGACUUAAGUUACAUUUUAAUGCGUGAAUGCAGGUAGAUUGACUGAAGCAGGUGGUUGAUUCCUUUCUCACUAUAGGUAGUUAUGCAAUAGUCCUCAAAUCACCUAUACUUUACACUUAUUUUUAAAUCAUCAGGGGUUUCCAGGUAUGUAAAAUACAUGGAUAAAAAUGUCAGUAUAUUAACUUUUGUAAAUAUCUUCUCCAUAGGACAUGAGGUGCAACAUAUAAGGGUUACCUAAUUUACAGCUUUGCAUCAAUGAACAGAGACAGAAUCAGUGGCCAUGCAUAACGACAUUGUGGCAUUAUGACAUUAUUGCAUUAUCGAUUACCUAUAUUAACACCUGCACAAUACCUCUGACUGUGUUAAGAAUUAUCAAAGACUGUAAAAUAAUGCAAGUUUUGUUAUAUAGUUAUAUAUCAAAUUAUUUUGUAUAUAUUUGAUUGGAGCAGUGUAAAUCUCCCUUUGGAUUGUGUUGGGAAAAUAAUCAUUUUGUAGUUCCAUACUUUGUGAUGAUUAACUUAUUUUUGAUGUUCUUAUGUCUUUGUUUACAGUAAUUUUAAAAAACCAAUAACUUUUAUUUCUUACCAUGGAAUCAUGUAAAAAAUGCGGUUAAUCUUAAUAGGCAAGUUAUUCUUUCCUAUAUAUGCUGUUCUUUUUAGCAGUGUUUUUGAGUUUACUUCAUGCUUACUACACAAUGUUAUCUUUCUGUUUGCAUUGUAUAUAUGUAUAGGCAGAAUGAUUGUUGUAUGAUUCAGAAGAUGAAGUAAUUAUAAUUACUUAAU